AUGACGAAGAUACUGAAAGUCGUCGGCGCCUCCUGGCUCCAGACGAAAAUUAGUUCUUAUAUCCUUGGGUUUUUGGGAAUUCUCGCUAUAUUGGCUCUGUUUGCUGGACAAAUUGAAAGGAUUCAGGAAGACGGAAAUUACACUGCAACUGUAUUUUACUCCGAAAAAACUGGGUACAGCAUUGAAUUUUGGGGACAAAGUAACGAUCUUAACGACAUACCAAAAGGAGUAGCUCGGGCUUAUUUUAGAGGAGACAUCGACACAACUGGCUGGUCCUUACUCGAAGUAGAAACCAAUAGCUCAUAUCCUGACGAGGUCCAAGCUUAUGCAGCAGGCAUCGUUGAGGGAGCGCUGACUUGGUACUUGAUCCAUACACACCUGGAAAACACCAUUCGAGCUAAAUGUGAGGACCGUCCUAUUGAGAAACAAUGCGAUAAGUUGAGAGAUGCUUUGGAUAAGUCAGCCAACAUGUGGAAGAGUUAUGCCGCGGAUAGAGGUGCCACGGAUCCGUUUUGGCAUCAUGUAUCGUUAUAUUACACACAAAUUCGAGGCGUCUUCACUGGUUGGAAGCAUGGAGUGGAACGCAGUCAAAACGAAUACGAAACGGACAUAUCUGAUCUUUAUUGGCUGAAUUCAAUAUCUGAAGUCCCGGAAAUUCAGGAAAAAUUAAAUAUUUCAUUAGAGGACCCUGCUGUUAAUGUGCUGCCGGGAUUAUCAAGUGCUUUCUUAAGAAUAAUUAAUGAUACAGAUGAUGAAACAGCAAAGAGACUUUUUAUGGCACAGAAUGCAGCGGGAAGUUAUUCAUCGAUGACACGUAUAAUGAAAAGAUACAAAUUAAACUACCAUACCACAUCAAAGGACGCUACAUUAGCGCCCGGGGAGACAAUAGACUUCUCAAGUUAUCCCGGGUCUAUAACCAGUCAAGAUGAAUUCUAUGUAAUAAGAGGCUCAAACCAUAGGAUAGCAGUAUCUGGCACCACAAUAAAGAACUACAAUACCAAGUUGUGGAAGGAUGUUAACAUAACAGAACAAUUACCAAUAGGCCCUCGUAUCCAUGCUGCUAACCACCUAGCCACAAAUGUCAGCUCGUGGGGUCAUAUGUUGGCAGCUAGUAACUCCGGUACUGCCUGCAAACAGUGGCUCGCCGUGGACUUUGACAAAUUUGAUCAAUUGCAUUAUACACAAGAAGAAGCGGAAGACAAGAAAGAGUAUGUUACAGAGAUUAUUAGCAAUGACACAAGACACACAGUGGUACAUCGCCCUGGAAGAGGACAAACGAAAGGUCUCUUUUGGCUGAUAGAACAGGUACCUGGACGCACGCAUUCUGCAGAUCUCUCUGAUGCACUUCUGAAAAGAACGUACUGGGCUACAUACGGCUUACCACAUUUCAAGGACAUCCAAGAAAUAACUCACAUCUCUAAAAUGGAAGAACGUUUUGGUAAAAUAUUUUCGGAGACGGAAGCUCCAAGAGCUGUCACAUUUAAGCAAGGAUUUAAGAACGCUACAUCACUAGAGAACAUAAUCAAACUCAUGAGAUUGAACAACAUAACAGCCAAGAACAUGUCCAGUGAUAAUAUUUGUGAUAAUAAGAAUUGUCUGUAUUCGGAGAUAGCUUAUUCUGUGCCUGGCGUUAGAGGGGAUCUGGUAGAUAACUUCAAGAAAGCUUUUGGGGUCAUUGACACAAAAGUAGUUAGUGGUAUUACAAACAACUCUACGUUACAUUUCGCUGCGAUAUCGAGUCCACCAUUUACUGAGCCGCAUAUUAUGCAUAUACCAAUCAACAAAGGCAAUGUAGCCUCUAUUUAUACCGACAAGUUUGAUGAUGUCCCCAUGCUUAAUGGAAUUGAAAUAAGAAACCUUGUGAAGCAAAGACGUCAAGAAGAGGAAGAGGAAAACUUAAAAUUACGCAACAAAGACGUAGUCAAACCAUUUCAAUGGUCUGAUAGCGAUUUCAUUAAGAAUCCACACGAAGGCCUUCCUGAUAUCUGGAACUUUGGCCCAUACGCCCCCGAUUGGUCUUGGUAA